AUGAGCGGUGACUAUGACCCCAAUGCCGACUCUGACUACGACGAUGACGAUACAACAAGCGUUCUAUCAAUAGCGACACACGACGACAAUGAAGAUGCUUGGGAAUCAGAGGAUGGGGGCGGUCAGAAGACGCCCACGCGGAAUUCGCCUCAGCUCAAGUAUGAGACGAGCUUUGCACAUGACAAUCCCAUGCAGCUCGACGACCUGUAG